GACUUCUCAAUUCAUUUUUUUUUUAGUUCCCAUCCAAUCACAACCCCGUCUUUUUUUUUUUUAAAAAAAGUUACAUCCUAACUUGUACAAUCCUUACCCACGAAAUUACAACCACCCUCAACCCGACAUGGAUACCUACCAGGUUGGCGUAGAAUAUCUAUCCGCAGGUGCAAAUAGGCACACUGCCGUAGCGGACUGGAAUGAGGAUGGGAUAGUAGCUUUCGGCGCUGACUCACAUGUUGCUCUUUGGCGUCCACAUAGCUCAUCGCCAAGGGGUAUAACAAACCUCCUUUCAGGACAUGGAGAUGUCGUCAAAGCUGUUCGAUUCCUCCGUAAAGUUGAGGGUGAAUCGAAGACAUAUUUAGUCACUAGUGCUGAUGACCAGUGCUUAAAAAUAUGGGAGUUUUCAGCUGAUUCUCCUGAUGCUACCGCUGGUGCUUCAUGUAUCCAAACUGUCCAAGCCCAUACGGCUGCGGUCAACUGCAUCGCAAUUCUUCAUGAAAGAGCAUCACCGAGCGUAACAUCAAGGAUAUUUGCUACGGGCGCGGCAGAUGCCUCAAUAAAGGUCUGGAUAUUAGAAAGGAGUGAAAUUCGCUUACUACAGACGGUCAAAACUACGCCUAAAUUCUUCCCGCUUUCGAUAGCCCUAAGCACGCUCGGCCAGGAUGAUGAGGCCUUGGUUCUAGCCGUGGCGGGGACGAGAGAUAUUGUCCAAAUUUUUGUCGCGGAUUCCAAUGCCAAUCCUGAAUUUAGGCUUCAGGCCACCUUGUCGGGCCACGAAGGGUGGAUUCGAUCACUGGAUUUCACAUGGGAGGGAAAUAGCCCCGAUAGUGAUUUGCUAUUGGCAUCCGCGAGCCAGGAUAAGUAUAUCCGCCUAUGGCGAUUCCAUCAAGGAAAGGAAUUGCCCGCCGCAACUGUAAAUGGGGCUGAUCCAUCUAUGGGUGCUUUUAUGCCUGGUAAAUCGCCCUCGAAUAAGGCUCAUCGACUGAAGGCCACAGAGAAUGACUUUUCCAUAACAUUUGAAGCACUGCUUCUGGGGCAUGACGACUGGAUAUAUAGCGCUAAAUGGUAUCCCGAUUCUUCUACUGGGAAACUCCAACUCCUUUCGACUUCGGCGGACAAUACACUAGCCAUUUGGGAGGCGGACCCUUCCUCAGGUAUCUGGGUCACGACUGUCCGACUCGGAGAGAUAAGCAGAGAGAAGGGCGCCACGACAGCAACGGGGAGCACAGGAGGUUUCUGGACGGGACUAUGGUCACCAAAUGGGCAUUCGGUGGUAUGUCUAGGGAGGACUGGCAGUUGGAGGACGUGGGAUUACAACACGGAGAGAGAUCAGUGGAUCCCUCACGUUGGUAUCAGUGGCCAUACUAGGGCCGUCACCGGCAUAACAUGGUCAACAAAUGGCGACUACUUGCUUUCCACAAGCGCAGACCAGACAACACGGUUGCACGCGAGCUGGAAUAGAGGGUCUGGUCAGAAGACGUGGCAUGAGAUGGCUCGGCCGCAGAUCCACGGCUAUGACCUCAACUGCAUCGACUCGCUUGGGAAUUCUAGGUUUGUGUCCGGCGCCGACGAAAAGUUGAUGCGUGUAUUUGAUGAGCCGAAGGCGGUGGCAAAGUUACUGAGUAGGUUGUGUGACAUCGGCAAUGAGGAUGUUGAGACUAUGCCGGACGCUGCCAACAUGCCGGUGCUCGGCCUUUCAAACAAGGCAAUCGAAGCUGUUGACGAUGAUCUCGACAUUCAAGUAGCCAAUCCCGAGGCGGACCGAGACGCCCUGGACCCGGGUUCGACGGUCCGCAAAUCCGCUCUGGAAAUCGACCACCCGCCAUUCGAGGACAGUCUGUCCCGGCACACCCUCUGGCCCGAAAUGGAAAAGCUUUAUGGGCACGGCUACGAAAUUUCAUGCCUAGCCGUAAGUCAUGAUGGAACCCUUAUUGCUAGUGCUUGUAAGGCGAGCUCAAUCAACCAUGCCGUCAUCCGCUUAUUUGAGACGGAGAAGUGGACUGAAGUGAAGCCGCCACUAACAGCACAUUCCUUAACCACGACACGGUUAAGAUUUUCGCCUGACGACAGGUAUUUGCUUAGUGUUGGACGAGACCGACAGUGGGUAGUAUUCGAAAGAGAUAACGAAAAUAAGCAGAGCUACAAGCUCAUGCAGUCCAACCCCAAGGGACAUUCAAGAAUGAUCCUAGACGCGUCAUGGGCACCAUUGACUGGUUCAGUAGUAUUCGCUACGGCUGGCCGAGAUAAGCAAGUUAAGAUAUGGCGACAAGCGUCGACAGACCCUGCAGAUUCUGACAUCACUUGCGUUACUACGAUACCGGAAACCCACCCAGUUACAGCCAUCGACUUUUUACAGUGUAACACUGAGAGUGGCACUUUACUUCUGGCGGUUGGUACUGAGACUGGCAAUAUCUCGAUAUAUUCGAUCGACGCGAUGUCCCUUGGUAUUUCCUCAACACUAACCCUAAAGCCAGAGCUAUGUCUCGCAAAAGCCGUUCUACAACUCGCGUGGAGACCGCUGGCAACUGCGAAUGAAUUGGCGAUAGCCGGAGAGGACGGCUCGCUCAGAGUAUAUUCAUUUUCAAAAGGAAAUCCAUGAGGGAUUUCCCCAUCUAUGGUACUGCCUAGUUAGACACGCCACCUGUCCAAAUACGACUUUUCUCGUAGGCGCCUGCGUGACUUCGUUGCAAGCCCAUCGACACGCAAGUCUAUUGAUCCGAA